AGCAGGAAGGAACCGGCUGCUGUGAGUGAUGCUCCUGGACUUGCCCAAGGGCUCCCUGUGUUGGCUACUCGCACUGGGCUCUGGCGCCACGACGGGCAAAGCCGGCUCCUGUCCUACACGCUAGAUUUAUCCGGAGCCACCCCCCCUGCCAGCGCUCCUCGAUUCAAGAACUCGGACCUGUUUGAGAUGAUUGAGAAGAUGCAGGGGUGCCGGAUGGACGAGCAGCGCUACUCUCUCCCUCCUCCUCUGAAGACUGAAGAGGAUUAUAUUCCGUACCCCAGCGUCCACGAGGUUUUGGGGCGGGAAGGGCCCUUUCCCCUGAUCCUCCUGCCACAGUUUGGGGGAUACUGGAUCGAGGGGACCAACCAUGAUAUUUGUGGCCUGGCAGACGCUGCGCAGUCUCCGAGCGGCAAAGCGAAGCUGGAAAGGAGCCACGUAGCCAAACUCUACCGCAAGCACUUCCUGGGAAAGGAGCAUUUUAAUUAUUACUCAGUGGAUGCGUCACUCGGACACCUCGUCUUUUCAGUAAAGUAUGAUGUCAUCGGUGACCAAGAGCAUCUCCGUCUGCUCCUAAGGACCAAAUGCAAAACGUAUCACGACGUUAUCCCCAUAUCCUGUCUGACCGAAUUCCCCAACGUGGUGCAAAUGGCAAAGCUGGUGUGUGAAGACGUCAACGUAGAUCGCUUUCACCCCGUCCUGUAUCCCAAGGCGUCUCGUCUCAUCGUCACCUUCGAUGAACACGUCAUCAGCAAUAACUUUAAGUUUGGGGUCAUUUACCAGAAAACAGGACAGACGUCGGAGGAAGAGUUAUUCAGCACGACGGAUGAAAGCCCGGCCUUUACCGAAUUCUUGGAACUUCUGGGGGAAAAGGUGCAGCUCCAGGACUUUAAGGGGUUCCGGGGCGGAUUGGAUGUAACGCACGGACAGACUGGGACGGAAUCCGUUUACUGCAACUUCCGCGGCAAAGAAAUUAUGUUCCACGUCUCCACGAAGCUGCCGUACACGGAGGGAGACUCCCAGCAGCUGCAGAGGAAGCGGCACAUAGGGAAUGACAUCGUAGCCAUCGUCUUCCAAGAUGAGAACACGCCCUUCGUUCCAGACAUGAUCGCCUCCAACUUCCUGCACGCUUACGUCGUGGUGCAAGCGGAGAACCCCCUGACGGAGAACACGUUCUAUAAGGUGUCUGUCACGGCCCGCGACGAUGUGCCUUUCUUCGGGCCUCCGCUCCCAGACCCAGCGGUUUUCCGUAAGGGUCAAGACUUCCAAGAGUUUCUGCUGACAAAGUUAAUAAAUGCAGAGUACGCCUGUUACAAAGCUGAGAAAUUUGCCAAACUGGAGGAACGCACGCGGACCGCGCUGCUAGAAACGCUGUAUGAAGAGCUGCACAUUAACAGCCAGUGCAUGAUGGGACUCUGCGGGGACGAUGACAAGAUGGAGAAUGGAGGCGGGGGUGGUGGGGGCUUCUUUGAGUCUUUUAAGCGCGUGAUAAGAAGCCGCAGCCAGUCCAUGGACGCGAUGGGACUCAGCAGUAAGAAGCAACACACGGUCUCCACCAGCCACAGCGGGAGCUUCGGACACAGCAACCCCGACACCCCGAAGCUGCCAGGAAUAUCAUUGCUUGUGCCAGGGAAAGCAGCCGCUAGGCAUGGACGCCGCGGAAGUGCCAUAGGCAUAGGAACAAUAGAAGAGUCGUUGAUUGUCCCGGGAAAGAGUCCAACGAGGAAGAAGUCGGGUCCUUUUAGCUCUCGGAGGAGCAGCGCAAUCGGCAUUGAGAACAUUCAGGAGGUCCAGGAAAAGAGAGAGAGUCCUACUGGGCCCCAGAAGACCCCGGACAGUGGAAAUAGUUCUCAGGAGCCAAAAUCAGAGAAUUCAUCCAAUCACAGUUCUCCGGAAAUGCCCACCACAAAGAACAGAAUAGACGCGACGCCCAAACCUGACGCGCAGAGGGAUUUCUCGCGCUCCUCGUCCAGCGCCAGCAGUUUUGCCAGUGUGGUUGAAGAGAACGAGAUGUUGGAUGAAGAAGACACCGGGAUGGAAAGUGCCUCCUCCUCGUCAGGGACGCCACACAAGCGGGACUCGUUUACAUACAGCACGUGGCUGGAGGACAGCGGGAGCAGCGCCAGCGGGAUCAGCUCCAUAGGUUUUCCUCGCUCUCCCCAACCAGACGUUUCCAAAUCAGGAGAACCUUCCUAUCCAGAGAUUAAAAUCCAACUGGAAGAGACAGAGCAUCGCACAGCCAAUCAGAGACGUCCGAGGCGGCAGAAGCUGAAGGAUUUGCGGCAGACUCCAGUCUUCGAUAGUGCUGAGUGCGAUCGCCCCACCUGCAAGCCCGGUCUUCCGACCUCUCGCUUCUGACACCGCGGCGGUGGCCAAGGGACCCCCCGCCAGCCUCUCAUCCCCGUUUCCCGCGUAGUGGAUGCUUCGUAUUUCCGUCGGGUUUCAAGAAAGCGCAAAACUCUUUCCGUACCAUAUAUAUACGACAGUUAGUUGGAGUCUGGAGGUCCGUUGCAGAAGUUCUUGGGAUUUUAGGGCCGAUGGAUCCGCGUCUGGAGUUUGGUCGCUGACCGUCUCAUGUGGAUUCAUUGUAACUCGAGAGCGAUGGAUUUAAAUGAGCGAAAUGAACAGGGGGUCUACAACCUUUAAAUGCAGAGA